AGCGAUGAGUUCCUGGGCGGCCGCCAAGUGGAAGAGUCGCCGGACUAACACCAAGUAGAUCGAUCAGCAGAUCCGCCAAGUGCAACGUUUCCCUCCGCCUGCUGCUGUUGUUGCUGCUGCCUCAUUGCUGCUCUCCUGUAUUCGCUCCCCCACUUCCUUUCCCCCCCCCUCUACCAUUCCCUCCGGUCCAGGCACCUCCGCAUCGGGAAGCUCGACUGACGUUGUCUCUUCGUCCCCCCCACAUCUCCCUUCGCUCUCCCCUCUACAGGUUCGAUCUAUAGAAUUACAUCUCGUCACGAUGUCGCAAAGUCACGCUCUUUCCGAUGACCAGGUGGCGGGCGAGCUCCGCAAGAUGACGGCCUUCAUCCGGCAGGAAGCGCUGGAGAAGGCCCGUGAAAUCCAGCUCAAGGCCGACGAGGAAUUCGCCAUUGAGAAGUCCAAGCUCGUGCGCCAGGAGACUGCCGCCAUUGACACUCAGUAUGAGAAGAAGUUCAAGCAGGCCGCCAUGUCCCAGCAGAUCACUCGCUCCACCCUUGCCAACCGCACCCGUCUCCGUGUCCUCUCUGCGCGCCAGGAGCUCCUCGACGAUCUGUUCCAGCAGGCUCGUGAUCAGAUCUCCGGUAUCGCGGCUAAGGAUGCUGAGAAGUACGAGACCGCGCUGAAGAACUUGGUCCUUGAGGGCCUGUAUGCCCUUAACGAGGAGAAGGUGUCUAUUAGAGCCAGGAAGCAGGAUACCGAUGCUGUGAAGAAGGCCAUCGAGGAGGCCGAGAAGGAGUUCAAGGAGACCGUUGGCAAGGAGGUGUCCGUGGAGCUGGACGAGGAGGAACCGCUGCCCGAGGGAUCUGCUGGUGGUGUGGUUAUUGUCGGAGGCCAGGGUAAGAUCGAGAUUAACAACACCUUCGAGGAGCGGCUGCGCCUGCUCGAAAUCGACGCCCUGCCCGCCGUCAGAGAGACGCUCUUCGGCAAGAACACCAACCGGAGAUUCUAUGAUUAGGCCAUAUACGCACGUCUCUUGCUAAGCGAAUCUACAAUACCUGACCUUGUUUCGUCGUCGUUGCAGCCAUUGUAUCUAUGUACCCCGGUUCUUUUCUCGGAGAGCACCAUAGCCUUGUAUAAAGUCCUUCACUUCGUUUAUCGGGAGUCCAUCAGAGUUCAAAUGAAACCUCAAUCUCUAUCUUUUCUUUUGAAUAGUAAUGGGGACAAGAUAUAUCUAUGGAGACGCAUCCUAAGAUUCCUAAUAGAGUUAACCGGCAUUCAAAAAUAAUUAU